AGAAAUUGAAACAAGAUCGCACCGUACCGACAUCAAGGAGACGUAUAUGAGAGUUUAACAAUUCGACCCCACUGUUAUCCCAAAAUCAAACCAAAACAAAAAAGGAAAAAUAAAUCAAAUAUUUGGAGGCUGAGUAUUAAAAUGGGAGCAUUCAACCACCCUGCACACUUGUCCAUCGCCCAGCCCCUACUUCUCUCUCCAUUUCAUCACCUGCCGAUGCAGUGCUGGAAAUGGGGAAAGUUGAUGAUAGGCAAUUGCCAGUGGCGCAGCACCAACAGUCGCCGCCUCCUCUCCGGCGGAGAUGCAGGCUCAUCAACUUCAAAUGCGCCGUCGUUUUCACGCUGACCGUCGCCGCUUUUGUUUCUGCUUUAUUUUGCGCUCUUCCUUCCCGCCACAGGCAAGCUGGCUUUGAUGCUACGGAAUCGAUCAAGCUCACUGCCACUGUUCAAGCAUACUUCAGACUUCACAAACCAGUUUCGAAGCUCAUUCAACAGAUAGCAAGAUUAGAAUAUGAUCUUAAUGAAGAGAUAGGUGUUCCUUCCUCGAAGGUUGCUAUCCUAUCCAUGCACCAAGAUGGCAAAUCUAACUGGUCCGAUGUGGUGUUUGGCUUCCUUCCUGAUCCAAUUGAUAUUAGUACGAAUCCAGUGUUCUUAAGUCUGCUGAGAUCCUCCUUAACUGAUCUUUUUUUUCAGCAAUGUAAUUUGACUUUGAAUUACUCACUGUUUGGAGACCCCUCCUCUUUCGAGAUUCUUAAAUUUCCUGGUGGAAUCACCAUGAUACCCGAACGACCUGCUUUCGUCAUGCAUGUACCAGAGGCACUCUUUUGUUUCAGUCUCGACAGCUCAAUUCAUGACAUAAAGGAAAAUAUUCUUGAGCUGAAAGAACAACUAAACUCGGGGUUGCAUUUAUUGCCCAAUGAGGUGGUGUACAUACAGGUCACAAGCGAUCAUGGGACGACAAAAGAUCCCCCAGUUACGGUUAAAGCUUCUGUUUUAUCUGGGGUAGGAGCCCUACCGCAAGAGAGAUUAAAAGAAUUAGCUCAUAUAAUCACUGGUCCUGCAGAAAAUCUUGGCCUCAAUCACUCUGUGUUUGGGGAAGUUAAAGAAAUCAGCUUGUCUUCGUUUCUAAAUCAUUCACUUCGCGCACAAACUCCAAUACCUUCUCCGUCUCCAGCACCAUCUCGGGGACAACUAUAUGGUACUGGUUCUUCCCCUACAUCUUCUCCACCCGACGUGCGUCGUUCUAUACCACCUUGUUCAAACUGUUAUGCCUCCACGCCAACCGCUGCAAGUGAUUUUAUUCCGCCCACUCCACACAGUUUACCUAUAGCUGAUUCACCUGAAUCCUCAGAAAUUAAUGGCAGUCCACAUUGUGGGUCUCCUGAUCCAUCGGUUUCUCCUUCAGCUACUUAUUUUAAUCAAGUAUCUCCCAGCGCAUCGCCCAGUGUCCGCUCUGGCCCCGACAGCCGGUGCAAAGGAAUGUGAAAGAAUGAGUGUCUCCUCCAGUGCAUGUUUUAUCAUAUUCUUCAUCAUCCUGGUCAUGCGCUUUAACAAUUGGAUGGAACUUGUUAAUUGCUCAUCACCGGAUCCUAGUUGUCGUUUGCAUGAGACGUGAAGGGAGUUAGGAGCAUUACAGUUUUUGUUGUGGAGACGAAGGAAUUGUACAUAGGCGCAGGAGAAGAGUUGAUGGGUCGAAGCCAAAAGGUGGCAGGCCUCGUUUACACUAACAUCGGAAGACUGAAGAUUCUGCCUUGCAGAGUUGCUCAAGGAACAAACUAUAAGAUGCACACCUUCUUUCUCAACUUCUGCAACACCGGAGAAGCCUUGUAUAUAUACAUGUGCUUACUUUUACCUUAUAUUAAUCUGAAAAAGUUGUUACUACCUCCCCCACCAAAAGUAUACAACUUUUGAUGGACACAACUUUUAAAAGAAUAGUAGGUAGAUGUGUGUUAAAUAGAAAUGAGUGAUUGUGAUUGUGGUUGAAUUGAGUGCAAGGUCGUAUAAAAAUGAAUUGUUAUAGUUACAAAGAGAAAGUUUAGUUAUAUUCAAAAA